CGUCAUUCCGCCUCACCCGUCCGACCGAUUUACAGCCAAGGAUAUAAAACCAACACUAGGCAGGCACAAGCCAAGAAUUGCAUUCAACACCUCACACACAACACAUAUCGUUCACAGACGACUACUACCACAAAAAUGUCCAACCUUGUCGACGACGUCAAAUCUGGCCUUAAGGGCAUCCGAGGGGCUGGUGACGCAAUCCGAGGCGAGGUACUAAAGGCCACCGACCAAGCCUUUGAUAAGAACCCGGAUCAUCCGACAACAGUCGAGUCGCGCACAGAAAACGAUGCAAUUGCAGAGAAGGGCAAGAAAGACUUGCGGGGAGCUGAUGAGAUGCUUGCACGUCAUGAGUGGAAGCGCAAGGGCGUCGCUCCCCCGGCGCACGAGGCUACGUCAUCGGAGAAUCAACCUGUGUCUGAGAGUGAUAGGCCAGCUGAGACUCUUCAUCGUGAACCUGGGACUCUUGCGCCUGGCGAGGCGACGCAUUACGGGACCAGAAGAGUUGAGGAGUCUGGGGCUGCGGCACCAGACGUGUCUGAGAAACACCGAUACGCUUGA